AUGAGUCCCACUAUUUUACAUUUGAGAGCGGAAACCAAGUCUCAAGAGGCGCGUGCUGCUUUGGCACCAAGUACCGUGAGACAACUGAUUAAAAAAGGAUUUAAAAUUUAUGUGGAAGAAAGCCCACAAUCGACGUUCAAAAUCCAGGAGUAUAGGGAUGCGGGUGCCCAAAUAGUACCUUUUGGAUCCUGGGUUAACGCGCCAAAGGACAGGAUUAUCAUUGGGCUCAAGGAAAUGCCAGAAGAGGACAAAUUCCCGCUGGUUCACGAGCACAUUCAGUUUGCCCACUGCUAUAAGAACCAAGGUGGUUGGCAGGACGUUUUGGGCCGUUUCAAGAAGGGUAAGGGAAUUCUAUACGACCUAGAGUUUUUGGAAAAUGACCAGGGCAGAAGAGUUGCUGCGUUCGGUUUUUACGCUGGAUUUGCAGGCGCAGCACUUGGAUUGCGGGAUUGGGCUUUCAAGCAAACGCAUUCUGACCGCGAAGAUUUGCCCGCGGUAACUCCUGCUCCCAACGAAAGAGUGCUGGUUAAUGAUGUUGCGGCAGACUACCAGGAUGCUUUAAAAAAAGGUGCCAAGAAACCCACUGUUCUUAUAAUUGGAGCCUUGGGAAGAUGUGGUUCUGGAGCUAUUGACUUGUUGAAAAAGGUCGGUAUUCCUGACGCAAACAUCAUCAAAUGGGAUAUGAAAGAAACUGCUAGAGGUGGUCCCUUCGGGGAAAUUGCUGAGGCAGACAUUUUCAUAAACUGCAUUUAUUUGUCGAAGCCAAUCGCUCCAUUCAUCAACUACGAACUCCUCAACAAACCAGGCAGACGACUAAGAACAAUUGUGGACGUGUCUGCUGAUACUACCAACCCUCACAACCCCGUUCCAGUCUACACCAUUGCCACAACUUUUAAAGAACCAACAGUGCUGGUACCAACGACGACAGGGCCGAAACUAUCUGUUAUAUCCAUCGACCAUCUACCGUCGCUUUUGCCAAGAGAGUCCUCUGAAUUCUUUGCGCGCGACCUUCUACCUUCGCUAGAGCUUUUACCUCUGAGGAAUAGGGCUCCUGUUUGGGUUAGAGCAAAACAGCUCUUUGACAAGCACUCUGCUCGCUUAGACAGACAAGCUAAGUUGUAA